AUGGCUUCGAGGCUGGGAGCGUUCAUCGAAAUUGAGAGCUCUGCUCAGAUCUCCAGUCCGCCAGCGGCAAUACGCAAGGACAGGCAUGGCGUGACACAAUCGCCGGCGGAUUACAAAUUGGAUGACCUUCAGCCACAAAAGAGCUCAGCAAACCCGGCUGCCGAUCCCGUGAAACAGUCAUUCACAGGUGCAUCAACACCCACGCCGACUCCGAGUGUAUUGGAAAACCGCCUGUCUUCACCAAAUGCCGAUGGGGCCUCGGGUUGGGCGGCAGACCGGACUGUAACGACAUGGAGAGACAAAUGGCGAUUGCUCAGCUGCUCUCUGAUUAACUUUGGCAGCGGCAUGAAUGACAGUGCCCCCGGUGCACUGCUCCCAUAUAUGGAAAAGCAUUAUGGCAUCGGGUACGCUAUUGUCUCGUUGAUCUUCGUAGCCAACGCAUUGGGCUUCAUCUCUGCAGCACCAGUCACGCAUGCUAUCGAGCACAAGUUGGGCCGAUCCAAGAGCUACGCAUUGGCCAUGUCCAUGUUGGUCGUCAGCUAUGUGAUCAUCACCUGUCAGCCGCCAUUCCCUGUCGUGGUGGUCUGUUUCCUUUUGCUUGGCUUCGGCAUUGCGCUCAGCCUGGCGCUGAGCAAUGUAUACUGUGCCAACUUGCCAAAUACCACAACGGCUCUGAGCUGUUUACAUGGCUCAUAUGGCAUUGGUGGCACCGUGGCCCCGUUGUUCGCAACUGCCAUGGUCUCGAGCGGGAUCCGCUGGUCACUGUUCUACAUCAUUCCUUUGGCGUUUUCUCUGGUGAACUGUGCGUAUGCCUCGUGGGCGUUCACCAACUUCGAGAACGACGCACUUGCUGAGUGUCUCCAGCCCGCCAUAUCCCAUCCUACUGGCGACGCAAGUCAUUUUACUCGAACUCAGGCCUUGAAAAAAGCUAUCCGCAACCGAACCACCUUAUUGGGAGCCUUAUUCAUCUUCGCUUACCAAGGUGCGGAGGUCUCAACCUCCGGCUGGGUUGUCUCUUUCCUCAUCAGCUAUCGGCACGGUGAUCCCUCACGCGUGGGAUAUGUCAGCGCUGGUUUCUGGGCCGGCAUCACCGUCGGUCGGUUCCUGCUGGUCUACCCGGCCGCGAAGAUCGGCCACAAGAUUGCCGUCGUAGCCAUGGUCGCCGGCGCAGUCGCCUUCCAGCUGAUGACCUGGCUCAUUCCCAAUGUGAUCGGUGAAGCCGUCUCAGUGGCCAUCCUAGGCCUGCUACUUGGCCCCGUCUAUCCCAGCGCGACGAUUGUAUUCACAAGGCUCCUCCCGCGGGACAUGCACAUUUCCAGCCUCAGCUUCAUCAGUGCCCUGGGCAGCAGCGGCGGUGCCUUGUCGCCGUUUUUCACGGGUAUCCUGGCCCAGAAUGUGGGGACCAUGGUGCUGCACCCGAUCUGUAUCGGAUUGUAUGGAUUGAUGGCGACCGCGUGGCUUCUGUUGCCAAAGGUGUCGAAGAGAUCUGAAUAA